AUGGUGUUCAGUCGUGGCAGUAUAAUGUUCGCUCUACUCUUGACCCUUUGCCUUGGAUUGCUGCCAACUGGAACAGUUGUCAAUGGGCAAAGUUAUAAUGGCAAUGGAUUGAUAGAUAUACUCGAAUAUAUGCAUCGUGGGCAGAUGCAAAUGGAUUUAGAGAACAUGGAUGACGCUGAGUUGCUGAAUGAAUAUGAUUUCAUUGUGGUUGGAGCUGGUACAGCGGGCUGUGCCGUGGCAGCGCGUCUUUCCGAGAAUCCCGAUUGGCGGGUUCUACUAAUCGAGGCCGGGGGCCCGGAGAGUUAUGCCAUGGAUAUGCCAAUAUCGGCACACUACUUGCAACUGGGCGAAAUGAAUUGGAAGUAUCGUACAGAGCCCUCGCCGAACUAUUGCCUGGCCAUGAAGGAUAAUCGCUGCAAUUGGCCCAGGGGCAAAGUGAUGGGUGGCAGUUCGGUCCUGAAUUACAUGAUGUACACGCGUGGUAAUCGAGAGGAUUACGAUCGUUGGGCCGCCUUGGGAAAUCCCGGUUGGAGCUAUAAGGAAUUGUUACCCUAUUUUCGUAAAUAUGAAAAUUCGCACAUUCCCGACGCCGAUCGGGGCGAGUCGAGACCUGGACGCAAGGGCCCCGUACAUGUUUCAUAUACAAAACCGCGUACAUCAAUAGCUGAUGCCUUUGUGGAGGCUUCCAAAAAUGCGGGACUUCGGCAGGGCGAUUACAAUGGGGAAAAUCAAUUGGGUGUAUCUUAUCUGCAAGCUAAUGUUUACAAUGAGACGCGGUGGAGUUCGAAUCGGGCAUAUCUAUAUCCAUUGAAGGGCUUGCGGCGUAAUCUUCAAGUGAAGAAAUAUACUCUGGUAACUCGCAUUCUCAUAGAUCCCAAAACCAAGACGGCUACGGGUGUAUUAGUUAAGGGUCGCCCACAAAGGAUUCGAGCACGUCGCGAGGUCAUUGUGUCGGCAGGAGCCAUCAAUACGCCGCAAUUGCUAAUGCUUUCGGGCCUAGGGCCAGCCAAGCAUCUGCGAGAGAUGGGAAUAAAACCAAUUGCCGAUCUAGCUGUUGGCUUCAAUCUCCAGGAUCACGUGGCUCCAGCCGUUUCCUUUAUCUGUAAUGCGACAUCGUUGCAAGUGUCGAAAAUGUUCACCUCGGAGGCAUUGGGUGACUACUUUCGUGGUGGCGGUCCUUUACGUGUUCCAGGCGGUGUCGAGGCCAUUUCAUUUUAUGCCCUAGACGAUCCAUCGAAUCCUCGUGGUUGGUCCGACAUGGAACUGUUUAUGGUCGGUGGCGGACUACAAACAAAUGUGGCUUUGCGUCUAGCCCUUGGUCUCAAACCGCAGAUCUAUGAGGAAAUUUUCGGUGACUUGGAACGCCGUAAUGCCAACGGUUUCAUGAUCUUUCCCAUGAUUUUGCGUGCCAAGAGUCGUGGACGCAUUAAACUUGCUAGUCGCAAUCCGGAGCAGCAUCCUCGCAUCUAUGCCAAUUACUUUGCCCAUGCAUACGAUUUGAAUAUCACAGUACGGGGCAUUGAACAAGCUGUCCGCCUCAUAGAUGAGCCUGCCUUUCGUGCCAUCGAUGCCAAGUUGUUAGAGGCCCCAUUGCCGGGCUGUCGACAGUUUCCAGCAAGGAGCAGCCAGUAUUGGGCCUGCUAUGCCCGACAUUUCACCUACACGAUCUAUCAUUAUUCGGGCACUGCCAAAAUGGGUCCUCGAAGUGAUCGUUCAGCCGUGGUCGAUGCACGCUUGCGUGUCCAUGGCAUCAAUCGAUUGCGUGUGGUCGAUGCUAGCAUUAUGCCAUACUUGGUUUCGGGUCAUCCGAAUGGACCAACCUAUCUGAUAGCCGAGAAGGCGGCCGAUAUGAUUAAAGAGGAUCACAAUUAUAAUGAUGGUUAGUUUGAAAUUCCAUAGGAAUAUUAUAAUAUAUAUCAUUUUAAGAACCAUGUAUUUUUUUCAAAACAAAGCCAGAGAAUUAUAUCAAUAUAAAACAGGUA